AUGGAUCGCUUCCCUAUUGACGAGGCUUCAUGGAUGUCUUUGUUGGAUAUGUCUCAUGAAUAUCCUGACGGCGUCGUACAGGCGAAGUUUUCUCAGAUCUUGACGAAGCUCAAGGUUGAUGAUCCAGACCUGAAGGCUGUGGAUUUUGCCAGAGAUUAUCAACUUGUCCGCAAUGAGUAUUUCAGGCUGAAAGCUGCUGGUGCUGUGAUCCCCGAUAUACACAAUAUUAAGCCUGCCGGCCUCUCUGCUUCAUGGGCAUUCUACGAUAAUGUGUUGCCCUUUCUCGGCAUCGAUCUCGCUUUCGGCGCCGACUUCAUAUCCAUCUACCAGCAUUAG